UUUGGAUGAGGAAAGUCAAAGAGUAAACACGAAGACUGGCGCGUCGUGGAGAUUUGCCGCGUGGAAGGACGCGCAACGCCGUUGUGUUUACGCGCAAAGUUUGGAUGCAAAGUUUGGAGUCGGGCGUGUAUCCCGCAGGGAUUGGUUUAUUUAUUUCAACUUCAUCGUAAAAGAGUUCCAAACCUGAAAUGACCAUGUGGCCUCAUCUCGUGCUCCUCCUCCUCUCCUCCAGUCUGGUUUUUUCUUUCGAGUGUCCAGCAGAUUGUACUUGUAGCAACCCGGACUCUAUAUUUUGCACCAGUCGACGGUCCAAAACCGUACCCCGGGUCCCGUCCAGCACCACAAACCUGUACAUCUUCCACAACGGCAUCAAUACUUUGAGCCAAAACGACUUUGUGGGUCUCGGAGACUUGGAUAUGCUAGAUCUGAGCCAGAAUGAGCUGGGAGAGAUUCCGGAUGGUGUAUUUAAGAUGUUGUCCAAGCUGAAGAACUUGGACCUGUCCUCGAACCUCAUUACUCACAUUUCCAAAGAGAGCUUUUCUGGCUUGGUCCAGCUGGAGCGACUGUAUCUCCACCAAAACCAAAUCCAGAGCAUCCAGAGAGAAGCUUUUGAAGGUUUAGAAAUGCUACUGGAACUCAAGCUCCGAGGGAACAAACUCACAUCCUUGCCGUCUCUUGAUUUACCCAGGCUUCUGCUUCUAGACCUGAGUUCCAACAGCAUCCCAACCUUGCAUGUCUCGGACCUUCACACACCCCACUUAGAAUCCCUUAGAAUGGCUUCCAUUGGGCUUCUCCAUCUAGAUGAAGAUCUCGUAGUCUCCCUGGGGAACCUCCACGAGCUCGACAUCUCCCUGAACCUAUUAACGGAGGUUCCCCAGGCCCUAAAGAUGGACUCCCUGAAGGGCUUGAUCAAGCUCAACCUGGCCGCCAAUCCAUUGAGUGAGCUAAGAACCGAAGACUUUCAGAAACUCACCGGGCUCCAGGAAUUAGAUCUCAGUGGUCUAAAUCUUCAGGGAUUUCCCCUAGACUUUUUCCAGUCUUUCCCCAGACUUGUAAGUCUGGCAGCGGCUGAAAAUCCAUUCAAUUGUUUGUGUCCCCUGGCUUCCUUUGUAGUAUGGCUGAAAGAGAAGAAUAUCAAUUUGGAGAGACUUCGGGAGACCAGAUGCCACUUUCCUCUAGCUAAUGCUGGGAAGAUGCUAUCAGUAUUGGACCACACAGAAUUUGGUUGUACACCAACGACAACAACUUUGCUGCCCAUGUUGAGUACUCCGGCACCACAGGAUCCUACCACAUCCCAAGAAACGACCCACACCAAUGCAAUUCCUCCCCCGCCCCCAAGCGAACAAACCCUGGACUCAAAAACAGACCCGCUUCCAUCGCAACUCCCUGCCCCCACCGUCGGGGAAUACGACCAACACAUCUGCCCACCAAACAUCUGUCUCAAUGGUGGCACUUGCAGUUUUGACCCAAUAGGGCAACUGGGAUGCCUGUGUCCUUCGGGAACAUCUGGACUCUAUUGUGAAAAUGUCCACGAUGUAACGGAAGCACCGAAACCUCGGCUAACGGAAGUGUCUGUUGAGGCUUCCACAGUUCUUGAGGAUGUCAUCAGCUCCCGUCAGGUGACCUCCACCGCCAUCCUUCUUGAUCUGCACCUCUUCAUCAAGACACGGCCAAAUAUUCGCGGAAUCAGGCUGACCUACCGCAAUCUCUCGGGCCCCGACCGCCGCCCCAUUAUUUUGAGCGUGCCGGCAACCUACCCCGAGUACACUCUCCGUGGACUGAGACCCAACUGCACCUACUCGGUCUGUGCAAGUCCUCUCGGGGAGAGAAUAACCACAAGGGCCAACAGUUCAGCUGAGACCGGGUCAUGUACAGAAGCUCGGACUGCGGGGGUUCCUUUGACAUCCCUAGAACCCCGAGCGGAGACUCAAAACUCACUCACUUAUACUCUCAUUCCCGCAUUAGCUGCUCUGGCGCUGGUGCUGGGCUUGGCAUUUCUGGUUGGUCUGAUUAUCUGUCUAAGGAUAAAGAAGCACAAUAAAGCGGGAAUGGAACUGGAGCUGGGUCCUGCCGAUCUGGACGAUUCAUCGGAAGUGGAAGGCAUCAAGGCAUGUCCGGAAAAUCGGGGAAACAAUCCAGUGGCCCACAAACAGACAGCGAUCGAUCACUGUGGCGCUCGACAACCGCACGCAACAACAAAAAUGCAACAAAAUGGCCACUUUGAUUAUCAGGUACCGUUGAUGCAAGAACAUUCCAGCUCAAAUAACAAUCGCUCAUCCUUAAAGCCAUCUUAUUUCUAAGAUACGAUAAUAUGUGAACACUUUUUGGAGUACUUCAAGCAUUCUAAACUUUUCUUCCGGCUGACUGGAACGGCCGUUGAGAGAAUGAACAUGAACGAUUACAGGCUGAGGUUUGUUGGUGAGGGGUGAAAAAAACAACAACUAAGAAACCAAGCAAGUGAUUAAACAAAGUGCAAUUGACAAGAAAAGAUCUUGUUGCAGAAAAUGUGCUAUUAUAUUUUGAACAUGGACACAACCAUUGACAAUGGUUUGUUUCUUGUUCGAGAAAUCUAUUGCUGGAUUUAGAGGUGAAACUGGAGAAAAAUGCAGCAUUUGCAUUUGAUCUAAACCGGAACUGAAGAUUUUUUUUUUUUCUUUCUGUUAUCAUCAUGCAAUAUGACCAACUUCAAAUGUUGUCACCAGACUCGCUCCAUGACAAAUGUAAAGUCUUUGCAAUGGAUUCUGAGAUAAUUUUUUACUGAAGAAUGGGACUCAGGUAGCUGACAAUCCCUUUUUUUUUUUUUGUACUUGUAUAGACUAAGUGCUAGUAGUUUUGUUGACAUUAUAACAGCCCAAAAUGUUUGAUUCAGAGACUCAUCAUUCAUUUUACCCCUUUUUUUUUUUUUUUUUGUUACCGACUGAUGCCCACUCAGAAACCGAAAGACCGUAUGUAAAUUUUCAUCUAAAGAGAGAAAUCUGAAUUAGUUAAAGUGUAAAUGGUUUACAAAAGUGUACCUUUGAUUCAGCAGGCAUGCAGAUGUU